AUUAUAUGUUAUAUCAUGUGUUGUGGUGUUAUUGGUUAUGUUUAAUAUUGUAUGUGUAACACGUGGGUGCUAAGCUCAGGUAAGUACACUAGAGAACGGAAGUGCACGUGCCGGGGGUGAGGAUUCGUCACACAGGUAACAUACGCGAGACGUGUACAUGUUGUAAUGGCGAUGUGCUAAACAUUACCUGUGUCAGACACAUUCCAUGGAUUCAGGCACAGAAUACAGACUGUGCUUUCCAUGACGGAUUGAUAUUCCUGCACCUAUCAGGACCCUGUCUGCAUAGACGACUUGGGCUUCAGGACCAAUUUUGAUAUGAGGUUAGCCACAGGAGGGAUUUUGUGGACUGUACGGAAGGGUCAGGGUGCCAGAAACGUUAAUCAGUGUGUCGACCGACAGGAACAACCAGCUCUGAGUGGGGACUAGCGGACUAGUCAAGUCACAUGUUGGUGCCCUGACAACUGGGACAACGCUAUUAAAGUCUAGUUACCUGCGGGUAACUUACGGAAACACUGUGUGUUUACCUACGUCGUGGCAGACGUAGCUUCUCGGGACCUGAACUGUGCUGCGGUACAGAACUGUUCCGGGUGAUCUGUGCUGCGGUACAGUAGUGUUGUGGGUGAUCUGUUCGGGUAGAACAGAUGGUGUGCUGUCGACCAGACGUUGAUUUAUGGAACAUUGUUUUUGAGGACACUUUACUUUAGAAGACUGUGGUCCUGAUGAACUGUACUAUUAUGAUUAGAGGGUGCAUGGGUUGAGAGUGAGUGUGAUAGUGAGUACUAGUGAAUUUGCAUUUAAUAAAUUGUAUAUAUUUUCAUGAUCUUUCUUUGUGUUGCUCUUUACAUCCAAAUUCCUUAAACCGGCGCUUGUCCGACGUUACAAAUGGUGGCAGCGGUGGGAUAGCCGACGUUACGGUAUUUGGAUUUAAAAGCACAAUUAUUACACUAAUUGAGUAACGUAUAAAUAUGUUUUUGUUAUGAUUAUGCUAGAUAGGCAUUUCCUGGGGGGGACAUUCUACCUAUUUUCUACUGUAUUCUGUUAAUGUUAGGUAGCCAAACACCUUUGACUUGACAGGAGGAGAUAACUGCAAGGUAAGUUAACUGUCGAUCCAGUAAUAUUUGACCAGCGGUCCAGAUGCACUGUGAUGCUAGAGGGAAGUUGGGGUAAGUACUAUCUGUUGUUGUUGUUGUUGUUUUGUCUUCGUUGUAUUUGUGGCAUUGUUUUAUCCUGUAAUGUAAAUAUGACGACACUUAACGAGAUAAUCGCGGCUGGGAAGGAGCUUGGUUACACGGGAGAUGAGCUACGGCAGUUUUUGAAGGAAACACAGGACCGAGCUAGAGAUGAGCGGGAGAUGGAGAGGAAGAUGAGGAAGGCUGAGGUGGAAGCUGACCAAGCAGAAAGAGACAAGGAGAGGUUGCUGAAGGUGGAGACAGAGAAGAAAGCCAUGAUGAUUGAGCAAGCUAAAAUAGAAGCUGAACGAGAAGCCAGAGCGGAUGAAAGAGCAGAGAUGGAACAUAAGCGGAAGCUGGAACUACACCAGGCAGGCAUUUUAGAUGUUACCAGUGACACCUCUAGAGUCUCAAUGAAUACACCGAGGGGUCCGAAACUGCCAGCCUUUGACGAGGGUAAAGAUAGUAUGGACGCAUAUAUUCAGCGCUUUGAAGUGUAUGCCACAGCUCAGAGAUGGAACAGGGACCAAUGGGGAACCAACUUAAGUGCCUUAUUGAAAGGAAAAGCAUUGGAAGUGUUUUCCCGGUUACCUGUGUCACAAGCUUUGAACUUUGACUACUUGAAGAAGGCCUUAUUGCUACGGUUUGAGAAGACUGAGACUGGGUUCCGGAAGAGUUUCCGAAGUACUAGACCGGAAGGAGGUGAGACCUUUGCUCAAUUUGUUAUUCGGCUUGAGAGUUAUCUGGAGAGAUGGACGGAAAUGGCUGGGGCUGAGAAAACGUAUGAAGGCCUAAAGGAUAUUAUGAUGAAAGACCAGUUUAUUUGUGGAUGUAGUCAGGACUUGUCGUUAUUUCUGAAGGAGAGAUCCCCUGCGUCUGUUAAAGAUAUGGCGAAAAUUGCUGAUCAGUAUGCGGAGGCCAGAGGGGCAACAGCUCAGUCCUUAUCGUCAAAGACAGCAAAGGUUGGUGGUAGUAAAUCAGCUGGAAGUAGUAUGACCGAGUCAACGCCAGGGAAGAAAUCCUUCGGAUCUACAACCGACAAGCGAUGCUAUUCUUGUGGGAAACUGGGCCAUCUUUCUUUUGAAUGCCGGAGCAAAAAAUCCUCAAAUAAAGUGGCGACAAUUAUUUAGGGCAACAAAGCAGAAGGCAAGCAGCAGCAUCCCAGAGAUAGCAAGAGGAAAGGUGUCGAAAGGAAAAAGAAAGAUAAAGAAGAACAGAGAAGAGUGAAGGAUAAUCCCAGACUUAGUGUUUCAUGUAAUAUGAGGAUUCCAGAUUCACCAGAGAUGCCAGUAAUGACAGGACGUAUUGGGGUACGACUAGUUACGGUAUUGAGGGACACCGGCUGCAGUGGCGUCGUAGUGAGGCGAAGUUUAGUGGAUCCUAAACAGAUGACGAAGCGGAUAAAGACUUGUACUCUAGCAGAUGGUUCGAAGUUGGAAGUACCAAUUGCGCAGUUAGAGGUUGAUACACCGUAUUUGCGAGGCACUACUGAAGCUUGGGUACUCGACACACCGUUGUAUGACCUGAUAGUUGGUAACGUUGCGGGAGCUCAACCACCUGAUCAACCUG